UGAAAUCAAAGCACUUCGCCGAAGGAUAAGCGAUACUUAGAUUUGUCUAUGUCCAGCAUGUUAAGAAAAUGGUAACUUAAGAAUUAUCGUCAGAAUAUCGACAAGGAUGGAACACUUUUAAUGUAUGAGAUUUUGACAGUGUGUAAUGAUUCGAAAAUGUGUUAAAUUUAGAGAUUCACCUGUGUCGCAUUUCUUGAAUAGAAUUCAAGAGAAAGAAAAAUGGGUGUCGAUGCGUCAGCGACCCGACCUAUAAUUUGGUUGUGGGGAUUUUCUGUGAUUAUGGUGCACAUUCCCGAAGUGACGAGUUUGAGUGUAAGUGUUCAAUGGAAUGAUAUUCCGCUAGGAGGAAAGGACAUUUUUAAUGUGUCGAGCGCCGACAGAAAUUGGAAUUACAAACAUGAUAAAAUAUAUAAUUCCAAAUACAGAAGUGAAGAAUCGGGUGUAGUAAUAAGAAAUGGUGCUGUUAUUAUGAAAUCUAGUGUUCCUUGUGAUAAAAUAGAAAAUCCUUCAGAAAUCCAGAUUUUAUCCUCAAGAGACAAUAACAAUGCAAAUAUCGUGUCAUUGUUUCCAUUGGAAAUCAGCAUACAAGGCAAAAACUGUCUCAUACCAAAACAUAGGAAAACCCAUAGAAGGAGGCAAAGGGAUAAAAAAUAUCGUAUCAUUGUAAAAAGCAAAAAUUUUCAUUUUAAUUGGUGCUUUCGAAAACAUGACACUGUGCUCAAUUUUGGGGCAUUAUUGCCAGUAACGCUGCACAAAUGUGAGAAAGUUAAUUUUCAUCCUAAAGAACCAAUAUCAUUGAUCAGUUUUGAUCAGAAAGACAGGUCAUUGUAUGCACUUCAAAAAUUUUGUACGCCAUCAUCACGUUUUUCAGUAUUUGGUCAUUUGAGUGUUAAAUGCUCUAAAUUAUCCCAAGUCGUAGAAAUCCCAGUAAAAAUAAUAUUCAAAAACCUGCUUGAGUUUCAACAAAAAUCUUUACCAUCACCCAGUCAAAAUCAUCAUUUACGGAUUCGUAGACAAGUAAUAAACAAUGCUCCGAAAUUUCCACAACUCACCUACUCUGCCAGUGUACAGGAGAAACAAAAUCCUGGAUACCAUGUGAUAACCGUCACAGCAACAGAUAGUGAUAGCGGGGACAAUAGUGUGAUCACCUAUAGCAUGACUGCCCAAAAUGACCAACGGAGCAAGGACAUGUUUGCCAUUAACCCUGUGACCGGUCUUGUCAACACCACAGUGAUGCUAGAUCGAGAACUGAUUCCAAAGCAUACAUUUGCAAUAUAUGCUACAGAUAACGGAUAUCCUCAGUUGUCUGCUAUGGCCUUGCUCACCAUCACAGUUUUGGAUAUUAACGACAAUGAUCCAAAGUUUGAACAAAGUGUAUAUUAUCAGGAAGUAGCUGAAAAUCUGCCGGUUUCUUCUACUAUCAUGACAAUAAAGGCCACUGAUUCUGAUGAAGGAAGAAAUGCUGAGAUACGGUAUCGCAUAAUAGAAAAUCAGCAAUCCUCAGCUUUCAUGAUAGAGCCUAUCACAGGUACAAUAACAACUCGGGCUGUACUAGAUCGAGAGAGUAACGCCUCUUACCAGAUUCUAGUUCAAGCUACAGAUCAAGGUGACGUAGCAAACAGGCGAUCAUCGACAGCCACUGUAAACAUUGCUGUGUUGGACGAAAAUGACAAUUACCCACAAUUCUCACAGAAAACUUAUUUAGUGAAUGUAUCAGAGGACUAUAACUUCAACAUGAACCUUGCCAUUGCCAAAGUGAGUGCCACAGACAGAGACCUAGACAAAAAUGGCCAGAUAACCUACAACAUUUUUGGGGGUAAUACUUUCGAUACCUUCAGGAUUGAUGCUGUGACUGGUGAGAUCUCGGUUCAGAAGCAGUUGGAUUACGAGACGACUAAAGAAUACAGGUUAUCCAUUCAAGCUCAGGACCAGGGUGAACCACCCAAAACCAACACCACUGAUGUCAUCAUUAAGGUCAUUGACGUAAAUGACAAUUCACCAAUAUUCCAUGCAGCGCCCUAUCGUGGUAAUGUUCCCGAAGAUGCCCCCAUAAAUAGCACAGCUGUAGCUGUACAGGCUCAAGACAGAGAUGACGGGCUGAAUUCCCUGUUAGUAUAUUCCAUUGUUAACCCUGAUGAGAAUUUGCCAUUUUGGAUUGAUUCUGCUACAGGAGAUGUCAAGGUCAAAUCAAAAUUAGACCACGAAAAGCAUGAGAGUUAUAAUUUUGUGGUGAUGGCAAAAGAUCAAGGAACACCAGUGAAGUCUGAUACCACAAGUGUGUUUGUGACCGUAAGAGAUAUAAAUGACAAUGCUCCUGUAUUUUCUCAGAAGAUUUACAACCAGACUGUUUCAGAAUCUACUGCUACAACAACUCGGAUCAUCAGUGUCUCUGCGUCAGACGAAGAUAGCAAUGAUAAUGCAUACAUCACAUAUUCCAUCGUCAGUGGAAAUGUGGGUAACACCUUUCAGAUAAGCACUAUAAAUGGAGAGGGUAUGAUCUCUUUGCAAAGAAAACUGAAUUAUAAGGAACAAGCCCAAUAUCUGCUGGAGGUCAGAGGUACUGACCUUGGUGGCUUGUACGAUACAGCACAGGUCAGAAUAUAUGUCCUUGACACAAACAAAUACAGACCACAGUUUCAACACACACCAUAUAAAAUUGAGGUCAGGGAAAAUGUUCCGGUUGGAUCUUCAAUUUACAGAGUUUUGGCCGUGGAUCAGGAUGUUGGAGAGAAUGGAAGAGUUGCAUACCGGCUUGGGCAGGGAACCAGUGGCUUUGAAAUUGAUGAGAAUACUGGAGACAUUAAAACUCGUGUGAAGUUGGACAGAGAGACAACCCCUAGUAUGUCUUUUGCUGUGGAGGCCCAUGACCAUGGUCAACCCUCAAUGUCAACUGUUGUCAUGGUGCAUGUUAUAAUUUUAGACGAAAAUGACAAUGUCCCUCGUUUUACCCACGACAAUUUCACUGGCAGUAUAGUGGAGAAUGCUGAAGUUGACAGAAGUGUGAUGCAGAUCUCCGCAACAGACGAGGACAAAGGGAACAAUGCUAAAAUAUCCUAUAGUCUAGUUCACUCUACAAUUCCACCCAGUGACCACUUCUCCAUUGACCCUGUGUCGGGUGUGAUCAGGGUUGCCCAGAAGCUUGAUCGUGAGACAGUGGCAGUGUACAACCUGAAAGCUGUCGCAACUGAUGGAGGUGUUCCUCCAAGGUCAUCAACUGUGGGUGUCAGGAUAAAUAUCAUAGACAUCAACGACAAUCCUCCAAAGUUUCCAUCAAAAGAAUUAGAAAUCAGGGUUCCAGAGAAUACUCCGGUUGGCUCUGUGUUGAUGAAGGUUUCAGCUACUGAUCCGGAUGAAGGUGAAAAUGCACAAGUGGAGUAUGAAAAGAUACCUGGUCUGGAUGCAGAUAAAUUUGAUCUGAGCUAUAGACCGGGUGAACCCGCAAUUUUGAAAAAUCGUGUGGAUUUUGAUUAUGAACAAGGACCUAGGAUAUUCUAUGUCAAAAUUUAUGCAAGAUCAAACCCCUUUUUUGAGGAUGCGACCCUUGUGAUAAUGAUUCAAGAUGUGAAUGAUAACAAACCAGAGCUGAAGGACUUUUCUAUUAUUUUUAACAAUUUUGAGGAACACUUUGUUACCGGCCCGAUUGGUCGAAUUCCUGCCACUGACCCUGAUGAGAUUGACCAAAACAAACUGAGAUACGAGAUUCUAGGAGGAAACGAAGCACAUUUCCUUGACCUGAACACAUCAACAGGGGAACUAACUCUAGACUAUCGCUUAAACUCUGAUGUGCCCAGAAAUGGUACCCUCCAAGUCAAAGUUUCAGAUGGUAUGAAUGAGAAGAGAGCAACAUGUCGCCUUUACGUUCGCCUUGUCACCAAAGAGAUGUUGGAAAAGAGCGUCACAAUUCGCCUCAACAACAUUACCCAGAAUACAUUUCUCUCCCCUCUCUACAAGUUCUUUGUUGAUGCUCUGGCUUCAGUUCUAAAGACGGAAGAGAAGAAUAUCUACGUCAUCAACGUAGAGAAUGAUACAGAUGUAUCCACCACGGUUCUCAACGUCAGUGUCGCCGUACGGAAGGCGGACGGGUCGUUCUAUGAUGCAGAGGUUCUUAAAGAACAGAUUUAUCUCCAGAGGAUCAGAUUGGCUGAGCUUUCUACUCUACAGGUUCUACCCUUUGAAGACAAUAUCUGUAUCCGGGAAUUCUGUGCAAACUUUGAGCACUGCAUUUUCUAUGUGAAGUUUGGUCGCCCUCGGCCUUUCAUUCACUCCGACAUGAUGCUGUUUCGUCCCAUUCACCCAGUGAACAGUUUUAGGUGUGAAUGCCCCUCUGGAUAUGCCAUGACUACUGGGGAUUACUGUAACAUGGAGAUAGAUGCCUGCUACAGCAGUCCCUGUAAAAAUGGGGGACAGUGUAAACGAAAGGAGGGAGGAUACACUUGUCUUUGUGCACCUAACUUUACAGGGGAGACAUGUGAAAUUAACACAAGGAAGCAGUUUGACAUCUUGACAUGCCCCCAGAAUGUAUGUCAGUCUCCCUCAGAGUGUGAGGCCAAUCAAAACCAGGGAGGGUUUCAGUGUAAAGGCUGUCCUGCUGAGCCUCAUUAUGAUAAAUACUGUCAGCUGACCACAAGGAGCUUUGCCAUUGGCUCCUACCUCACCUUCCCAGCAUUCAAGAGGAGAUUCAGAUUUAAUAUUCAGCUCAAAUUUGCCACCCAGAUGAAGGAUGGCCUUCUGUUUUACAAUGGCCGAUUUAAUGACAGAAAUGAUUUUAUGGCUCUCGAAAUCGUAGAUGGUCAACUACAAUUCUCCUUCAGUACAGGAACAAAUAAAACAUCUGUAAGGUCAAAGGUCGAGGGAGGCGUGUCCAACGGGGAGUGGCAGUUUGUACAAGUGGAUUACAUUAACAGGACUGUUACAUUAUCUGUUGGGGAGGAAUGUGAUACACAGAUAGGGGUUAAGUAUGGACACCUGAUAUCAGAUCAUCCCUGUGCUGUGCAGACCACCUUUGAAAUCCCGGACAUAUGUUACACCAAUGUGGUACCUCAAGUACAGUGUCCAAAGUUCCUAGACCUGAAUGGACCCCUACAAAUUGGGGGUCUCCCAAAUCUUCAGACUCAGUUCCAGACAGAGAAUCGUAACUAUAAAGGCUGUAUCAAGGACUUCUACAUAGACCACAAGCUUCUGGAUCUGAACAAAUUUGUUCUGAACCAGGGAACUGUAGCUGGCUGUGCAGAGAAAACCAACCAGUGUAUAUCUGCUCCUUGUAAACAUGGAGGAACCUGUCAUGACCGAUGGGGGACUUACUUCUGUGAGUGCCCAGACCGAGCUGGGGGUAAGGACUGCAGCCAGGUGAUUGACCAGCCAACUCGACUCGAGGGCAAUGGCUUCUUGCUGUACACAGAAAACUCACUGACCAGUAAAACCAUCCUUUAUGCCUGGUAUAAUGGCAUAUCCUUUAGGACACGGGCCAGUUCAGGUGUACUGAUGUAUAUAGUGAUCAGUGAGGGUUACACCAUCACAUUAGAGCUGGUUGAAGGAUAUGCUCAGUACCAUGUGAGUGGAGCCAACAGAACAUUUGUGUUUGAUUAUCUCCCUGUAAAUGAUGGAAAGUGGCAUUAUCUGGAGGUUAGAUGGCCCAGAAAUUGGGAGAUCAUUCUGGUUAUGGAUUAUGGUCAUUGGCAGAAGAAGGAAAAUAUCACAGUCCUCCUGAGUAACAAGAUUGUAGAUAGAGUGUAUGUAGGAGCAAAGAGGGAAAAUGAUGGCCCAAUAUCCAAAGGUUUUGUAGGAUGUGUGGAGAAUAUAAUUGUUGGUAACACCAAUACGGCACUUCUUUCACGGCCGUCACACAGCAACACUUACCCAGGAUGCACCAUUCCAAGUGCCUGUAUGGAUAACCCAUGUUCAGCUGGGGCUACAUGUGUGGACCAGUGGGGAAAACAUGAAUGUGUCUGCCCUAAAGGUACGCUUGGGCCGCAGUGUAAGGACAUCUGUAGGAACUAUAAUCCCUGUCAUUACGCAGCCAUUUGUCAUGGUCCGACCUUUAACCCCAGCUCACAGGCCGGCUAUACUUGUCAGUGUGGUCAGCUCCAGAGUGGACGUUACUGUGAAUACGUGUCCACUCAGCCAUGUGACGAUGGCUGGUAUGGGUUCCCUGUCUGUGGCCCCUGUAACUGUUCUUACGAACUGGGAUUUGACACAAAGUGCAACAAAACCGACGGAACAUGCUUUUGUCAGGAGAACUACUAUCGACCAAUAGGAAGUGACCGUUGUUUCCCAUGUGACUGUUAUAAGUAUGGGUCGACAUCAAUUUACUGUGACAAGGUCACUGGUCAGUGUCCUUGUAAGAAGAAUGUCAUCGGAAGAAAGUGUGACCAAUGUGAGAACAAAUAUGCACAUAUAUCAUGGAAUCCAAAUGAUGACAUUGGAUGUUUAGUCACAAACAGUAUGUGUCCUCGUCAGUUCUACAAGAUUAUGUGGUGGGAGGCGAAGACCUUCACAGAGAGCGGCUAUGUCACAGCUGUACAGGAUUGUCCAUUCGGAGCUGUUGGUGAUGCCAAAAGAAACUGCUCUAAGACUGAGCUUUGGUCUGAGCCGGAUCUCUUUAAUUGUACCAACAAGGACUUUGUCAGCUUAGAAACUCAGGUUAGCCAGAUGGAGAACAGAACACUGAACAUAACAACAUACGUGGCCAAAACUAUGGCUGCAAAACUAGCCAGCGCCACGUCUUCUGUCAGGGUCUUGUUUGGGAAUGACAUCAACAUUACAUACAGAAUCAUCAAUCAACUGCUGAAGUAUGAAAACAAACAGUCUGGACUUGGCUUAACUUUAGAGCAAGACAGUAACUACCUACAGCACUUGCUAGAUGCAUUAAGUACAGCUCUGGAUCCACAGUAUGUAUACGAGUGGAAUAAAAUAAAUCGGAGGUCUGGAGGGAUAGGAGAGAUAUUUUAUCGUCUAGAGAAUUAUUUGGAUCUCCUGACCCGGAAUCUGGACAGAAUGCAGAAAAAUCCAUACAGAGUUGUCUCCAAGCACAUUGUUUUAAGUGUGGAUACCUUGACAUCUCGUAACACAACAGGACUGAAGAUCCCAAAGUUCGACAACAUUGUAGCUGAGUCAACAUUUGACGACCAGACCCACGUAGUUUUGCCGCCAUCCAUCAGCCAAUCAUCUGUGGCCGAGUACAUCCAGCGAGUGAUGUCACGUGGAUCAGAUAAAUUCUAUGUGUCCUACAUGUUAUUUAAUACUCUAGGUUCCCUAUUACCAUCUGGUCCUGGGAGUCUACAUACCAGCAUUGUUCAGAACCCAGGAAGGGAGCUAGCUGUGAAUAGUCCAGUGUUUAGCCUGCUUUUAAGGGAUCAAGACUGUGCCAUCAAUAAAGGAUUCUCAGAACCACUGAAAUUCCACUUUAAACAGAAGGUCAAGGACAAUCGCACAAGUCCACAGUGUGUGUACUGGAAAACCCCCAACAGCGAUGCAUGUAAUCACACAGACACCACUGGUGGCACCAGCUACCUUGGUCAGUGGUCAAGUGAGGGCUGCACUGUAGACAGAAGAUAUGAAAUUGAAAUCUCAGGUCAAGGGUCACAGGUCACUAAAGACAUGUACGUGGUCUGCUCCUGCAAUCAUUUGACAUCUUUCUCAAUUCUCAUGGAAGUAGCAGAUUCUGAGUACACAGCUAGAGCAGUUAUUUCCCUGGCCAUCUUCAGCUUUGUGGGGAUUGGUAUAUCGCUGGUCUGUCUGUUUGUGUCCUUUGUCAUUUUCUGUUCCUUCAAGCGCCUCCAGUGUAACUCUAACAGUAUUCUGAUAAACAUUGUGUUCACACUGUUUGUGGCAGAGCUCGCCUUCAUUGCAGGAGUCUACAGAGUCUCCAGUAAGCUUAUUUGUCGAUUGGUUGCGAUUUGCCUCCAUUACUUCUACCUGGCAGCAUUCAGUUGGCUGUUUGUUGAGAUGUUACAUUUAUACAGACGACUCAUUGAAAUCAGGGACAUAAACUACGGCACCAUGAAGUUCUACUAUCUCCUCGGAUACGUCAUACCAGGUAUCAUCGUUGGUUUGUCUGUUGGACUCUACACUGAUGGCUAUGGAAAUACCUCCUUCUGUUGGAUGGAUAUUUCUGAGACCUUCAUCUGGAGCUUUGCCGGCCCAGUGGCUGUGGUCAUCCCUGCCAUCAUCUUCAUGUUCACACUGGCACUACAUUCUAGUUGUAAGGAGAAAGUCAAUGUUUCGGACAUCACAGCUUUCAGGGCGCGAAUUUUCUCUGGUGUGAUAUUACUACUACUGUUGGGAAUCUCCUGGAUUCUGGGACUACUUUCUGUGAACUAUGACCUUCAGCCAUUACAUUAUGUCUACGCAGCAUUUACAUUCCUACAGGGAGCUUUUGUGUUUCUAGCCUAUGUUGUUGGUGACAAGAAGGUGCGUUAUAACUUGAAAAAGCAAUGGUACAAAAUGCAAGGAAAGAAACUGGAUCCAGAUGACUCAGUGGUGGGAAGUAGGCCCUCUAUUUCAAGAUCAGCCUUGGCUUAUAGACGAGACUCUUCCAUUGAUGGCUACAUUAACAGGACAAAUGUGGGGAUCUCUACGACCUCCACAACUUCUAGAUCCACUAGUAAAAGCAGUGGGGGCCUGUAUAAAGGGGAGGACUACCUACGCAGCACAGACACCUCCACUUCUGGACAUGCCCCCUCCUACGCUUAUGAUAACUCUUACCACCAGAAAUCAGGAGAGGAUGAAGUACCAGAAAGAAGAAGCCACCGUAAACACAGAAAUCAUGACUCCGAUUCCGAGAGUGAUGUCUCUGUUGGUCAGGCCAGUAUAGAACUGGCCUCCAGUCACUCAUCAGAUGAGGAUGACGAUUUUGAUAUUGGACCAUCAUGGGAGAAACAACUGCCAAAAAAUCAGAAAAUUGAAGAAGCCAAAGAACAGAUGAAGAGAAAGCAGCAGCAGGAGCAAAGUCAACAUCAGGACUCGGAACAACAACAAAACCAGCAGAAUUUAAAGCACUUACACUCAGGUCCCCAUUUGUACACCACACUUCCCAACUAUGGACACUGGCCCGGUGACCCAAAUCUGUCGGGGUUUCACAUGAGUGAAUCUGAUUAUCAGCAGACUGUAUCCAGCAAUCCACCGGAUGUUACACUUCCUGCUCAGCAAGACUUACAAGAUGAUUUCAAUGAAAACCACCCUCCCGGAGGAGGUCCCCCACUCUCUUACUGUGAUACAGAUGAUUUCAAUCAGAACCACCCUCCUCCACCACUCUCUGGAAGUGCAAUGAGAACCAAUCUCCUCGGUGCCAUUCAGCUGAAACGCAGGUCUAGCGAACCAACAGAGGAAAAAUUCGACCCGACAAAAAGCAUCCCUAACCUAGUGUUUGAGGGCCCAAGAGAAGAACCAGAACCUACUGAAAGCUUUGCCAGCCCCCCACCCGCAGUCCCCUCUGAACAGCCGACGGCUUCAGGUGGAGAUCCAAUGAAAAAUCUUUUGGGAGCCAUUCAACUUCAAAAACCAGAAACAGAUUUCGUAGAGGAAAAAUUUGACCCCACAAAGAGUAUUCCAAAUCUAGCCUACGAAGGUCCAGUGGAGGAACCAAUCGAAGAGGCGACAACUGAAGAACCAGUGGAGGAAAAGCUAAGAGCUUCGUCGUAUGACUCUGGUUUUGUGACAUCAAGGACCGUAAGGAUAGCCAAUAAUCAAAGUCCAAAAGAAUUCACCGCACCUUCAAAAUCUCAGACCAAGUCAAAACUGUCGAAAAGUAGUCAUACUCAGACUAAAGGGCCUCCUAGUCUGACGAGCGUUUUAAGUGCUGCACAACCAGAAAGACAACCGAGCACUCGACUGAGUUCAAACGCUGGCGUGGAUAACAGUGUGAAACUAGUACGACCAAGUCUGGUAAGAUUUAGUCAGACAGGUGAACGUCCCAGCGAAGGAGUGAGAGACCAGAGAUCCAGAGAGAACACUGAAGGUAAUGGGGGACACGAAGAUGAAACUCUUAUAUCUUCCCAUAAUAUCUAUCCCCCUGAACCGAUUGAUCACAUUUUCGGCCGUGAUAGAGAAACUUCUGACCAUCUUCUAGGUCAUGUUAGACAGCAGGCCCGGCCACUUAUUAUGGUCAACGAGGACAACACUAUCAGAGCAGUCAAACAUAAACACGAGCUAAACGAUAUAUUGAGAGCUACUACUGGAGAUCACAUGCCCGAAUUACCGCGCGAAAUACAAAACUACGUCGAUAAAUUCCACGAUGUUCCGCUGAAUAAAUUGAUGCAUUAUGCUGAAACAGGAUCUUAUCUGCGAGAGAGCUACCUUGACAGCAACAUAUGCGACAUUCGUGUCCAUGUAGGUAAAGAUACCUACCCCGCCCACAGGAUCGUGCUGGCCUGCUUCAGUCCAUACCUAGCUUCAGUUUUAGAACACGAGAACCCGCUAAAACAUAAAAAGCCGAAAGAUAUUCGAAUAUCGGGGGUUUCCGAACGGUCUGUUAAAGUUCUAUUAAAUUAUGUUUACACCGGAGACCUAAGAAUGGAAACUGUCCUUAUUCCAGAUUUCAUUAAAUUGGCCGAUAAGUUUGAUGUUGCAGCCGUUAGACAAAAAUGUUUCGAUCAAGUUGAAUCAAUAUCUGAUGAUGAACUCCUAGCUUUGCUCUCCGUCAUGAAAGACACGCACGAUGUGGAAUACUGCGAUCGCAUUAUGAAAAGCAUUGCCUCUAAAUUCAUGCGCGUGAGAGACUGCAAGACAUUCUUUCAGCUCGAUAUCAACACACUUUGUAUGGUAUUAUCAUAUGAUGCAUUGAUUCUGCGCAGUGAGAUGGAUAUUUUUUAUUCGGGUUUGAAUUGGCUCCAGAAUGGUGAUGCCAAGGAACGCUGUAAGUACCUAGACCGAGUAAUGGACUGUGUUCGAUUUCCUCUGAUGAACCAAGCCGAACUAUAUGAGUGUGUGGAGCGCUGUAGCUUAUUGAAAUCGAGUGCGACCUGCAUACAAAGAAUCCACGAAGCUAACUGGCUGAUGACAAUGUCUAUGCUACAUAAACAGGAUCCCCUCCGUCUAUACGUCCCUCCACACCGUAAUAACAUCAACUCUAGCGCCAGCGUCAGCGAUUACAUCACGCGUACAUGUAGUAGAGUGAAGACUGACGUCACAGUGGAAGUAGCAAGAGAGAGUUCUCCCAAAAACUACAACAGCGAGCCGGGAAUGUCAAGGGCAAAAUACUCCCCCACAAACUCACAAGGGGGUCCUCGUAACAACAACUCCCACGUUAGGACCCACAAUAACAACGCUGGGGGCACUGGGGAAGAAAGUUGUGACACGGAGCAGGUUACUUAUGUGCAUAACGAGUCACAUGACCAAAGGAAGCUAUGUGAAUCCCCUUUAUUUAAAAUGGGGCAUUCAACAUCCAAAGAUGUAGCAGAUGAAGGAUUGAAUAUGGAUCCGAGUCGAAAUCACACUAUUGUUUUCACCAACAAACGCAUGUACAUGAUAGGUGGCUGUGUAACUAAACAAGGGGUGCCAACUCCACGAAGAGAUGUUUUGAUGUAUGAUAAGAGUUGUUGGACUUGGAAUCCUGUGGCCCCCCUCCUGACUGCAAGAAUGUAUCACUGCUUAUGUGUGGUCAACGGUCAGAUUUAUGCGCUGGGUGGAAUAGGAGAAGACAAUAGUAUUCUCCACUCAGUGGAAUGUUACAAUCCAUCCACCAACUGUUGGUACUUUGUCAAGGCAAUGUCGGAAGGAAGAAUGGGCGCAUGCGCUGCAGAAUAUGGCGGACAACUUUAUGUCGCUGGCGGUUAUGGCGAUUCUGUGAAAGAAUCUGAACAAUUCCCGAUUUUGGACAGUAUAGAAUGUUUUAAUCCCCAUUCGAACAAGUGGACGUCGAAACUCAAUAUGCGCUACGGUCGUUGCUUUGCUAGUCUUGUGUCUGUAGGUCAAUCGCUAUACUUAUGUGGAGGUUUUGCUAUAAACAGGGGAUCACAUGACCACUAUCUUUCAAGUGUGAGCGAUGUAGAUGAGUACGACAUCCUUAAUGAUACAUGGAUUUACAAGAAUCGUUUGUGCAUAGGUCGACAUGAUGCUGCGUGUUUCAUGUCAGAUGACAAGAUAUACCUAAUAGGCGGAAUAUCCUCACAGCUAGAGCACGCCCUCUGUGACGUAGAAUGUUUUGAUCCACAAAGAAAUGUCAUCUAUAAGGCAGAGGAUACACCUUACCAAAUUCACUGGAUCAAAUGUGCAGUUUCCAAAAACUGAAGUUAAUUCUGCCAAACUCGAUGUAUUAUCUGAAGAAAAAAAGUUAAUAUUUAUCAAUAUCCAAUAGUUUUGUGAAUGCUAUAAUUUGAAUGUUCAUUCUUAUGAAAUAAAGGUUGUUAAUGUUUUAAA